GAUUGUUCUACUUUGAAAUGGCUACUUUGAAGCACGCGUGUCAAGUGGGUUAUUAGUGUUGAUAAACAAAAAAUUUUAAUAAAACGGCUGUUAAAAAGUUAUUUGUUAGUCGUCGACAUCGUCUGUCGACGCUUAAAAUUUCAAAAUAUAUCGGAACGGUGAUAAAGAAACGGCAAUUACAACGGAGUGUCAAAAUAAGAGUGACAACGUCGAAAGUGACGUUGAGGUUAUGGACAACUUCGUCAAAAUUGAAAAAAUAGGAGAAGGGACCUAUGGGGUGGUUUAUAAAGCCAAAGAUAAGUUAACUGGAAAGCUGGUGGCGCUUAAAAAAAUUCGUCUCGAAACGGAAAGUGAAGGUGUACCAUCCACUGCUAUUCGGGAAAUAUCAUUAUUAAGAGAACUUACACAUCCAAAUAUUGUUCAGUUAUUUGAUGUGGUAGAUGGUGACAACCAUCUUUACCUUGUUUUUGAAUUUUUACAACAAGAUUUAAAAAAAUUAUUAGAUUCUGUCAAAGGAGGAUUAGAUCAAGCUCUUGUCAAGAGUUAUUUAUAUCAAUUAUUGAAAGCAAUUUCCUUCUGCCAUCUUCAUUGCAUCUUGCAUAGAGAUCUAAAACCACAGAAUUUAUUAAUAGAUCGGGAAGGUCAUAUAAAAUUAGCAGAUUUUGGAUUAGCCAGAACAUUUGGUGUUCCAGUUCGAACAUAUACGCAUGAAAUAGUAACUCUUUGGUACAGAGCACCAGAGAUACUUUUAGGAACUAAAUUGUAUUCCAAUGCAGUAGACGUUUGGAGUCUAGGUUGUAUAUUUGCAGAAAUGGCGACUAGGAGAGCUUUAUUUCCAGGUGAUUCAGAAAUAGAUCAACUUUUCAGGAUAUUUCGUACAUUAGGCACACCCGAUGAGAAUAUUUGGCCAGGAGUAUCACAAUUGCGUGAUUAUACAUCAAUGUUUCCAAGAUGGGAACCCCGAUCUUUAGAUGAAGUUGUACCUUCCUUUGAUUCUGAUGCCAAAGAUUUGCUUUUGAGACUUUUGACUUACGACCCUAAUCAGAGGGUAGCAGCCAAGAAAGCAUUAACCCAUUCUUAUUUUACUGGAGUUGCAUUAGUUCCACCACCGUUGCCAAAGAAAACUUGAUCUAGAUACUUUCUAAUUCUUUAUUACAGUGUGAAACUGCCAAUAAUAUAAUUAUUAAAGUCAUAUAUUUUUGAAACCUUAUGCAUGCCGAACGCAUUUAUAUAACGAAGAUAUAUUUUGAUAUAUACAUUAAAAGUCACUACAUAUUUUA